AGGGUAGAAGAUUUUUAAAAAAAAAUUUCUUCUGUGACUGAGCAUUACACUCGGACUCGUGUUAAAUUUAGAAGUACUUAGAACAUGAACAACCACAACAAGCACAUCGAUCUCCGUUUCCUUCACGAAAACCCGCUCCAGGAUACUGAUUUUCGUUGGUGGAAGACCUCCACGACAACACUCAGUCACCGUUCAUCCUGAAGAACCGCAGUAAAAAUAACCGUAUUGCAUACCACUCUUGUUCUUUCGUUGGUUUGACCACGAAAGAGUUUGAGUUUCAUCUCAACAUCUUAAUCUUCACAAAUCUUUACUCUAUCACCAAAAAACCGAAGAAGUAGAAGAAUGAGUGAGUCGCAGGCGGUUCGCCGCAGCGACAGCACGUCGCUGCUGCCCGGUUCAUCCCUGACGAGGAAGGGGAUGCUGCGAUUGUCCGUAACAGCCUACGAAUUGUCCUCCUUGUUACCGAUGCCAGGGGAGGACUACAACCACGACAAUUACCACUCGUUUUUUCCGUUCGUUUCCGCGGCCCUGCUUCGAGGGCAAUUGAAAGAACAACACCUCUUCGCCAGUUCUACUACGGCAAAAACAACUUCAGGGGUGCAGAUGAGAAGUUCCAGGACGGAGAAAACGUUCUUGCAGCAGCGGCGGAAAAUGAUAAAAACACAAACACAAACAGAAAAGAUUGCGUCGAUGGUAUCAAAGAACACCGUGCACGACAAGGCUGGAAGAACACAAAAAGUCGACGACAUGCCUUCGCCCGAAUAUCUACAUUUUGGUUUGCUUUCGGACAUCCUCGACAUUGAGCAGAACGGCCAGGCCUACUGCGCCGGCUUCGACCAGGGAGAUGCCACGGCUUGUAAUUCCGCCCAAAUUCCGGCGGAUGUGCUCGGUAACGAUUCCGACCACGCCGUUGACGAGGGGCGCGCCAAUUGCCGGUGGGAUCUUCUUCAGGAUGCAGAUCACGAUCAAGUUCCGACUUGCAACUUCGACUACACUGCUCCUGCAUUUCUCAUCAAUUCGCUGAACGAUUUGGCGGCCCAGAUUCGUGCGCAACACUCUUUGCCCGUGUCCGACUCCACGCCUGUACAAGCCCUUUACAUUCAGCAAAUUUACGAGAAGGGCCAAACCUACUGUGCGGACGCCAGCCGGGUUUCCGACCAAGCCAGCUGCGAAAGUGCGGUGAUUCCUCGCGGUGACCUGGACCCAGACACUGAAGCGGCCGCCGAAGGACGCGCGAAGUGCAUUUGGAAUGCAGUCUUAUUUGCGGGAGGAAUGCCACCAUGCAACUUUCAGUACGCCCCCUCCCAGACGAUCCUGGAUGUGAUGGACGCGGUGUCUGAAGUCGUGCUGGCCACCACACCAAGCCCAGGCGGUGGAGAAGACGAAGACGUGGUGGAUCCACAGGAAAUUUGCGACAUGGGAAGAGCGAACCCGAGUUCGUGCAAGGACGCGAUCCAGCCCAGUUUUGGGGAAGUGCUUGGCGGAGCGUGUGUUUUCCACACAACCCCGUUCGGGUCUUCAAGCGGAGGAUUCCAAGAACAUUGCACUUUUGUGAAACAAGGUGGGGCUUCGCGAUCGGAUCAGUUGUGCAACGUGAUUGAGGAAUAUGAGAGUGCAGAACAACACCUACACCCCCUCUCCCUCUUGUCAUGACUUGUCAUUGUCAUUCAGCUACAACUUGAAUGUUGCCAAGAACUUUUAACACUAACUUACUCCGUGUCGUCCGCGUCGACUCGUCUGCUCUUUGCGCCCAUAAGUGACACCGGUUGCGUCUGCGUGACAGGGUCUUCUGGCAGCGAAAGCAGUACUUGUAGUGCAGUCCCCCUGUGUGGCCUUGUUAAAUGUUCUACUUCCUGUAAGACCUGCACUCUUGUAGUUCUAGUUGCCGACCACGCUUGAUCUACUUCUUUUCUUUUUUGGUAUCGCUAGUCUUCGCACUCUGCAAAAGAUGAAGAUGAGGGGGAGCAGCAGUUGUGCACUCUCAUAACGAAGAAGAAAACUGCCACAAUACAACCGUCGUGAUGAGCCCCAUGAGGCAGCAAGAAUUCAAGUGCUUCUGGUACAAGUACAACGAAGUUUGCUACCACGACGGCGUGGUUACCAUAUCGCCGCAGCCUGGAGCGCCUAGUACCACCAGUGCGCCGCCGACAACGGAGGAUCCGCAGAAGAGGUGCGACAUGGGAAGUGCGGAUUCGGUUUCGUGCACCAACGCGAUCCCGAUCGCCGAGCAGUUUCAGUUCGGCGGAAAGUGUGUUUUCCACACAACACCGUUUGGGUUGAGCGGAGGGCUGAAAGAGCAUUGCACUUUUGUCCAAGACGAGUCCCCUGGGACAUCUUCGCCGCCGGACCAGUUGUGCAACGUCAUCGAGGAAUAUGACAUUACAGAACUCGUCGUGACCCCCUCCUUCUUUUGGCAUGAAAUGCAAAUCAGGAAUGUCAAUAUGAAUAUUUUGUUUAUGUUACCGGUACGAACUACUCCAAUGAACACCAACUUCGCAUGUACGCCUCCGCCCUGUAGCUGUACUGCCUAUUGCUAGUGGGCCCGCAAUAGUAAUACAUUGCGUGACAGGUAGUUCUGACAGCGAAAAGCAGUACUGCAAUCCUAUGCGUGCUUGCCAUGUAAGACCUGCACUCCUGCCAACUCUUCUAUUUUUGGUGUUCCUGUCCUGCAAAAAAUGAAGAUGGGGGGAGCUGUGUACUCUCAUAAGGCAAAAGAAAACUGCCGCGAAACGACAGUCGAGGGGAUUGGCUCAGCGCCAAGCCACACAAUCAUGUGCAUCUGGUACAACGAUAACGAAGUCUGCCGCUACCCCGACGGCGUGGUUACAACCAUAUCGCCGAAGCCUGAAGUGCCUAUUAUCACCAGGGCGCCGCCGACGCAGGAGAAGCCUGAAAAAGAUGAAGCACCACUGCAUCCCUCCGUCGGCGACGACGACAAGGUCAAGAUCGAGGUCCACCGCAAUGUUCACUCCGGUGACCUUGACACGCUCGGCAACGACGUUCUUGACCAGGGCCACAAGAAUGACCACGUCCCACUGCCAGACAAGAACAACGUCGACCAAAAGUCUGGUAUAAUUGCCAGAACUCCGGUGGAGUACUGCCAGCAGUGGAAGACAAGGGAAACUUGCGUUGACGAGAGUAACGAAGUGGGGGAGCUGCAGCAAUCGUGA